AUGUCGACCAAAGCAGAGCAAUUUGCUUCCAAGAUCCGAUACUUGCAAGAAUACCAUAAUCGUGUCCUUCACAACAUUUAUCCUGUCCCCUCUGGAACUGACAUUGCCAAUACUCUGAAGUACUUUUCUCAGACAUUACUAAGCAUUUUGUCCCGCACAGGGAAGAAGGAGAAUCAAGAUGCCUCCAAUUUGACAGUGCCCAUGACCAUGUGUCUUUUUCCUGUGCCAUUCCCACUCACCCCAUCUCUAAGACCACAGGUCAGUUCCAUCAACCCUACUGUUACUCGCUCCCUCCUUUACAGCGUCCUGCGAGAUGCUCCUACUGAACGAGGCCAACAAAGUCGGGAUGCUCAGUUAUCUGACUACCCAUCAUUGGACUAUCAAGGACUAUACGUGACAUUGGUGACUCUGCUGGAUCUAGUUCCUUUGCUUCAACAUGGUCAGCAUGAUCUUGGACAGUCCAUUUUUUAUACUACUACAUGUUUGCUACCUUUUCUCAAUGAUGACAUCUUGAGUACUUUACCGUACACAAUGAUCUCUACUUUAGCUACAUUCCCACCGUUUCUGCACAAAGAUAUCAUAGAGUAUCUCAGCACUUCGUUCUUGCCCAUGGCAAUAUUGGGAUCUUCAAGGAGAGAAGGGGUACCAGCUCAUGUUAAUCUUUCUGCAUCUUCAAUGCUAAUGAUCGCAAUGCAGUAUACAACCAAUCCUGUGUAUCACUGUCAGUUACUGGAAUGUCUUAUGAAACACAAACAGGAAGUAUGGAAAGAUUUGCUAUAUGUAAUAGCAUAUGGCCCAUCUCAAGUAAAGCCACCUGCAGUCCAAAUGCUUUUCCACUACUGGCCCAACUUAAAACCUCCCGGGGCAAUAAGUGAAUAUCGAGGACUACAGUAUACAGCAUGGAAUCCCAUUCAUUGUCAGCACAUUGAAUGCCAUAAUGCAAUUAACAAGCCAGCUGUGAAGAUGUGUGUAGACCCUUCUUUAUCUGUGGCUUUGGGUGAUAAACCACCCCCUCUCUAUCUCUGUGAAGAAUGCAGCCAAAGGAUUGCAGGGGAUCACAGUGAAUGGUUGGUUGAUGUUCUUUUACCACAAGCUGAAAUUUCUGCAAUAUGUCAAAAGAAGAAUUGCAGCUCACAUGUUAGGAGGGCUGUUGUGACAUGUUUCUCUGCUGGGUGCUGUGGUCGCCAUGGUAACAGGCCAGUACGUUACUGCAAAAGAUGCCACUCAAAUCAUCACAGCAGUGAAGUCGGGGCAACAGCAGAGACCCACCUUUAUCAGACAUCACCACCUCCUAUCAAUACCCGUGAAUGUGGUGCUGAGGAAUUAGUCUGUACGGUGGAAGCUGUCAUCAGCCUGCUGAAAGAGGCUGAAUUCCAUGCUGAACAAAGAGAGUACGAGCUCAAUCGCAGGAGGCAGCUGGGCCUGUCUUCCUCUCAUCAUUCUUUGGACAACACAGAUUUUGAUAACAAAGAUGAUGACAAGCAUGAUCAGCGGCUUCUGAGCCAAUUUGGAAUCUGGUUCCUGGUUAGCCUCUGCACCCCUAGCGAGAACACUCCUACUGAGAGUUUGGCACGGCUUGUCAGCAUGGUUUUCCAGUGGUUCCACUCCACGGCAUACAUGAUGGAUGAUGAAGUUGGCAGCCUAGUGGAGAAACUCAAACCCCAAUUUGUCACUAAAUGGCUGAAAACAGUGUGCGAUGUUAGAUUUGAUGUCAUGGUGAUGUGCCUUCUUCCUAAACCAAUGGAAUUUGCAAGGGUAGGUGGAUAUUGGGAUAAGUCAUGUAGCACGGUGACACAAUUAAAGGAAGGUCUGAAUCGGAUCCUCUGCUUAAUUCCAUACAAUGUAAUCAAUCAACCUGUGUGGGACUGUAUUAUGCCAGAAUGGCUGGAAGCCAUCAGGACUGAAGUGCCAGAUACUCAACUAAAGGAAUUCAGGGAAGUAUUAAGUAAAAUGUUUGAUAUUGAGCUAUGCCCACUCCCUUUUUCUAUGGAGGAAAUGUUUGGCUUCAUAAGCUGUCGAUUCACAGGAUAUUCAUCCUCUGUACAAGAACAAGCUCUACUCUGGCUUCAUGUGUUAUCUGAAUUGGACAUUGUAGUUCCACUUCAGUUGGUAAUCAGUAUGUUUUCUGAUGGUGUUAAUUCUGUGAAAGAACUGGCAAAUCAAAGAAAAUCGAGAGUCAGUGAGAUAACUGGGAACCUUGCAGCCCGAAGGGUGAGCAUUGCUUCCGAUCCAGGACGCAGAGUUCAGCAUAAUACACUGAGCCCAUUCCCAAGCCCAUUUCAGAGUCCAUUUCGCAGCCCCGUGCACAGCCCUUUCCGCAGUCCUUUCAAAAAUUUUGGACCCCCUGGAGGAGGAAGGACCAUUGACCUUGACUGUGAUGAUGAUGAAAUGAAUUUGAGUUGUUUCAUCCUAAUGUUUGAUCUCAUCUUGAAGCAGAUGGAAUUACAAGAUGAUGGCAUUACCUUGGGCUUGGAGAACAGCAUUUCCAAAGACAUAAUUUCUAUCAUCAACAAUGUAUUCCAGGCCCCCUGGGGUGGCUCCCAUAUUUGUCAAAAAGAUGAGAAGGCAGUAGAAUGUAAUUUAUGCCAAUCUAGUAUCUUAUGCUAUCAGAUGGCUUGUGAACUCUUGGAAAGAUUAGCUCCCAAAGAAGAAAUCAGGCUGGUGGAACCGACAGAUAACUUAGAGGACAGUCUUCCUGAUUCCAAACCAGAGUUUGUUAUAGGAACUGAAGGGAAUGCAGAAAACAAAUCUGCCCCAGAGCAUGUAGAAAACCCAGGGAAUCACACAGAAGCAACAGAAAAUACAGCACCCAUAAAAAAUGACACUGAAAGGAAAUUUUGUUACCAGCAGCUCCCAGUGACAUUAAAACUCAUAUAUACAAUAUUGCAGGAAAUGGCACGAUUUGAAGAGCCAGAUAUUCUCUUUAACAUGCUUAACUGCUUGAAGAUUCUUUGCCUUCAUGGGGAAUGCUUAUACAUUGCAAGGAAGAACUAUCCUCAGUUCCUAGCAUAUAUUCAGGACUACAUGCUGAUUGCCAGCUUAUGGAGAGUUGUAAAAUCAGAGUUCUCCCAGCUUUCUUCACUAGCAGUGCCACUCCUUCUCCAUGCUCUUUCAUUGCCUCAUGGAGCUGAUAUUUUCUGGACAAUCAUCAAUACCAACUUCAAUAGCAAAGACUGGAAAGUUAGAUUUGAAGCAGUGGAGAAAGUAGCCGUGUUGUGUAGAUUCCUGGAUAUUCACUCAGUGACCAAAAACCAUCUACUGAAAUAUUCCUUGGCACAUGCCUUUUGUUGUUUUCUGACUGCUGUGGAGGAUGUGAAUCCAGCUGUGGCCACCAGAGCAGGGCUUCUGCUAGACACCAUAAAAAGGCCAGCCUUGCAGGGACUAUGCCUUUGUCUUGAUUUCCAGUUUGAUACUGUUGUCAAAGACAGACCCAUUAUUCUUAGCAAGCUUUUGCUACUACAUUUUCUCAAGCAAGAUAUUCCAGCGUUGAGCUGGGAAUUCUUUGUGAAUCGGUUUGAGACACUCUCUCUUGAGGCACAACUUCACUUGGACUGCAACAAGGAAUUCCCCUUCCCAACAACGAUCACAGCGGUCCGGACCAAUGUUGCCAACUUAAGUGACACAGCAAUGUGGAAGAUCAAGAGAGCUCGGUUUGCUCGGAAUCGGCAGAAGAGCGUGCGUUCUUUGAGGGACAGUGUGAAAGGUCCAGCAGAAUCCAAGAGGGCACUUUCUCUUCCAGAAACCUUAACAACCAAAAUCCGGCAGCCUUCUCCAGAGAAUGAUAAUACCAUAAAGGACCUUCUCCCAGAGGAUGUUGGGAUUGAUCAUCAAACUGUCCAUCAACUCAUUACUGUGCUGAUGAAAUUUAUGGCCAAGGAUGAGAGUAGUGCAGAAUCAGAUAUCAGCAGUGCUAAAGCCUUCAAUACAGUCAAGCGCCAUUUAUAUGUCUUGCUGGGCUACGAUCAACAGGAAGGAUGCUUCAUGAUUGCACCUCAGAAGAUGCGAAUAUCAACCUGCUUUAAUGCAUUUAUUGCAGGAAUUGCACAGGUGAUGGAUUACAACAUUAACCUAGGGAAGCAUCUUCUUCCUUUGGUGGCUCAGGUGUUGAAGUACUGCACGUGCCCUCAGCUUAGACAUUAUUUCCAGCAGCCCCCUCGUUGUUCCCUCUGGUCCCUUAAGCCUCACAUUCGACAGAUGUGGCUGAAGGCCUUGCUUGUCAUCCUAUAUAAGUACCCUUAUAGAGAUUGUGAUAUCAGUAAAAUUGUGCUGAGUCUCAUCCAUAUAACCAUCAACACAUUAAAUGCCCAGUAUCACAGCUGCAAGCCUCAUGCCACAGCAGGUCCUUUGUAUACUGACAACAGCAAUGUAAGCCGGUACAGUGAGAAAGAAAAAGAGGAAGACAGUGUCUUUGAUGAAUCAGACAUUCAUGAUACACCCACUGGAACAGGCAAUAAAGAAUCACAAACGUUCUUCGCAAGGUUGAAAAGAAUUGGAGGCAGCAAAGUGGUGAAAUAUCAGCCAGUUGAGAUGAAUGCUCAAAAAAGUGAAAUAGAACUGGCUGAAUAUAGAGAAACUGGCAUAUUGCAAGACAAUAUUCUGCGCUGUAUGAGAGAAGAAAGCAUUCAGAAAAAGAAACUGCGCUCUCUAAAACAAAAAUCUCUUGACAUAGGAAACGCAGACUCCCUGUUGUUUACAUUAGACGAGCACCGUCGGAAAUCAUGCAUAGACCACUGUGACUUAGAAAAACCACCUGCCGCUUCCACUUACACCACACUGAGGCAGAAUGAUUAUGGACAACCACAGCAAAAUUCUUCUACCAAAACAGAAGAACAAUAUACAGGAGAAAAGGAAAAUAUUCCAGCUGUCCCGGGAAGAAGUCAAACAAGGCGACGGCCUAUUAUACCGGAAGUCAGGUUAAACUGCAUGGAACCAUAUGAAGUGACCAUAGAUUCCCCAUCUAAAAUGUCUCCUCCAAAGGAGGACUUAGAUCUCAUAGAUCUGUCAUCUGAUUCAACAUCGGGGCCCGAAAAACAGUCCGUUGUUUCCAAUUCAGAUAGUGACUCCUUAGUUUUUGAGCCCCUCCCUCCUCUGAGAAUAGUGGAAAGUGAUGAGGAAGAGACUGAUCUCACAAGUCAGUUGUGCGACGUUGAUUCUAGGAUGACACUUGCCUCCUUGCCAUCAAGUCCUACCAGUGUUUCUAUCCUCAGUCUUAGCAUAACGCCGCUGGUGCAAUUCAGCACUGAAGAUUGUUCCAAAGUUGUAACUCCUUGUGAAGUGAGUCAUUUUGUAUCAUUUGCACAAGAUAAAACUCCCCCAACUACCCCUGAAAGUCAAAAGGGUGUUGAUGAGCUAGCUAAGCCGGAAGGGAUAUCCCCUGGCAGCCCCCUGACACUAAAGCAAAAACGGGAUAUGCUACAAAAAUCAUACGCUCUCUCGGAGAUGUCCAUUGAUGAUAACUCUGAUUUAUGCAUAGAAGGUAUGAAGCCUGUUGGACCCUUUCCGAGUUCAACUCGGAAAAUGGUCUUUAUUCAGCUCCCCGAGGACUCUGAUAGCCAAGCUGAAAGUCAGAAGCCAGAUGCCAGUGCAGAAUCUGAUACAGAACCAAGUACAGAACCAAAGCAAGAGGAAGAAGCCGAAGAAUCAGAAUUUAAAAUCCAAAUAGUUCCUAGACAGAGAAAGCAGAGGAAGAUUGCUGUGAGUGCCAUCCAGAGAGAAUACCUGGACAUUUCCUCCAACAUCUUAGAUAAGCUGGGAGAACAGAAGGAGACAGAUGUAUCUACUAAAGUACUUUCAACCUUAGAAAUGCCAAGGGAGUCAUCUUCUGCUCCUACACUUGAAGCAGGUGUACCAGAGAUAAGUAGCCACUCUUCUAUGUCAACUCAAUUCCGACAGAUGAAAAGAGGUUCUUUGGGAGCACUGACCAUGAAUCAGUUGAUGAAGAGGCAGCUGGAACAUCAAUCUAGUGCUCCUCAUAAUAUUAGCACAUGGGACACUGAACAGAUACAGCAUGGGAAGAGACCGUGCAAUGUCUCAGUUUGCCUAAAUCCUGACCUAGAGGGACAACCAUUAAGAAUAAGAGGUGCCACAAAAUCAAGCUUGCUGUCAGCACCUAGCAUUGUUAGUAUGUUUGUUCCAGCACCAGAAGAUUUUAUUGAUGAUCAGCCUACCAUGAUGACAGACAAAUGCCAUGACUGCGGAGCCAUCCUGGAGGAGUAUGAUGAAGAAACACUGGGUCUGGCUGUAGUAGUUCUCUCCACAUUCAUUCAUCUCAGCCCAGAUUUGGCUGCUCCUUUGUUGCUGGAUAUUAUGCAAUCUGUAGGAAGGUUGGCUUCAAGUACCAAUUUCUCUAAUCAAGCAGAAAGUAUGAUGAUUCCGGGAAAUGCUGCAGGUGUGGCAAAGCAGUUUCUGCGUUGCAUUUUCCAUCAGCUUGCUCCCAAUGGUAUAUUUCCACAGCUGUUUCAGAGCAACAUCAAGGAUGGAAGCUUUUUACGAACCUUGGCCACGUCUCUUAUGGAUUUCAGUGAGCUGAGUUCUAUAGCUGCAUUGAGCCAACUCUUAGAGGGUUUAAACAACAAAAAGAAUUUGCCAGCAGGAGGUGGAAUGUUACGCUGCUUGGAAAACAUUGCUACAUAUAUGGAAGCUUUGCCAAUGGAUUCCCCAAGCAAUCUUUGGACUACAAUCAGCAACCAGUUUCAAACUUUCUUUACCAAAUUACCAUGUGUUUUGCCCCUUAAGUGUCCACUGGAUUCCAGUGUAAGGAUAAUGAUCUGUUUGCUGAAGAUUCCCACCAGUAGUGCUGCCAGGAGCCUGCUGGAACCAUUUUCAAAAUUGCUGAGCUUUGUCAUUCAGAAUGCCAUCUUUACCCUGGCUUAUUUGAUUGAACUGUGUGGCUUGUGUCACCGAGCUUUCACAAAGGAAAGGGAUAAAUUCUACUUAUCCCGCAGUGUCAUCUUAGAGUUACUGCAAGCUUUGAAGUUAAAGUCGCCUUUGCCAGACACCAAUCUGCUGCUCUUGGUCCAGUUUGUUUGCGCAGAUGCUGGGACAAAGCUAGCUGAAUCAAUGAUCUUACACAAGCAAAUGAUUGCUUCUCUCCCUGGAUAUGGAACAGCAGCCAUGGAAUGCAUGAGGCAGUACAUUGGUGAAGUUUUGGAUUUUAUUGCUGACAUGCAUACGUUAACCAAAUUAAAGAGUCACAUGAAAACAUGUUCCCAGCCAUUGCAUGAAGAUACUUUUGGUGGACAUCUAAAAGUGGGCUUAGCACAGAUUGCUGCAAUGGAAAUCUCACGUGGCAACCACCGGGAUAACAAGGCUGUGGUUCGUUACUUGCCUUGGCUGUAUCAUCCUCCAUCGGCAAUGCAACAAGGGCCCAAAGAAUUCAUUGAAUGUGUGUCUCAUAUUCGACUGCUCUCUUGGCUACUGUUGGGGUCUCUGACACAUAAUGUUGUCUGUCCAAAUUCCCCUUCAGUUUGUAUGCCCAUUCCAUUGGAUGCAGGUUCCCAUGUUGCCGAUCAUUUAAUUGUCAUCCUGAUUGGGUUUCCGGAGCAAUCCAAGACAUCUGUCUUGCAUAUGUGUUCUCUCUUCCAUGCCUUUAUAUUUGCUCAGCUGUGGACAGUAUAUUGUGAACAAGCUGCAGUUGCUCCCACAGUCCAAAAUCAAAAUGAAUUUAGUUUUACAGCAAUCCUCACAGCUCUGGAAUUUUGGAGCCGAGUAACACCAAGCAUCCUCCAGCUGAUGGCACAUAACAAGGUGAUGGUAGAAAUGGUGUGUCUCCAUGUGAUCAGUUUAAUGGAGGCUUUGCAAGAAUGUAAUUCCACCAUUUUUGUCAAGCUCAUCCCAAUGUGGUUACCAAUGAUUCAAUCCAAUCUAAAGCAUUUAUCUGCUGGCCUUCAGCUCCGCCUGCAAGCUAUUCAGAACAACGUGAACCAUCAUAGCCUUAGAAUGUUACAGGGAUCCGUUCAGAUGAACACCAACACCUCUGUCCUUCGCAAGUGGCUGCAGUGUACACAGUUCAAAAUGGCUCAAGUGGAAAUCCAGUCAUCUGAAGCAGCAUCUCAGUUUUAUCCUUUAUGAGUUGGGGGAAAUGUUCUGUGAACCUGUUAGUCUAGCAAUAAUAGGGCUAAAGCUAUAAGACAAUGGCCAUCUUUAGAAACCAUACAACAGUACUGUAGCUCCGUUUUUGUUUUGUUCUUGUAGAGAGAAAAAAGGUGAAAUGGCUAAAGACAGUGGGCUGCCUGUGUCCCCCAGUAACCAAAAGCAUGUUUUGGCUGAUGCAUAACAUUUACAGGAAUAUUCUAUGAAAUGAGGGGUUUGCUCACUAAAGCCUGAGCCAAU